CCAAACGUUACGCGGAGCUACUCGGUCCUUUGAGUUUGACAUAUAUCCUACAUCACAACAUGCAACGUAAAGUUGAUCCGUCCCAGCUUCGAACCCCGCCAGCUCCCCCCACGGCCGUCCCCAAAUAGAACCGUCCCCAGAUGUGCGCGCUGCGCCCCCUCGUGCGUCACACGGAGCCGCCGCUCGGAGGAGGAAAGAUGUCCGCGCUCGCGCUGCCGCUGCUGCUGCUGCUGCCUCUGACUUUGUGCGCGUGGGCAGCGCACGGCGCGGUGGAGCGGCGGGACGCCACCGGUCUGAACGAGAUGUUCCGAGAGGUGGAGGAGUUGAUGGAGGACACCCGGCACCUCCUGGAGGAAGCCGUGGAGCAGAUAACUACCGAGAGUGCAAAAUCCUCCCUUACCUCACCGGAUGAAACAAAUAAGGCAACGAUGGAUGGAGGCAGAGCGGUUCGGGUCCCAUACGGAGCUGACAAGGAGACGUAUAAUAAAACAGGAGAUGUUCACCCUCCACGCGUCCAUGCCGAGACUUCUGGCCAUUGGAACAGUGCGGAUCACGAGUGCAUGGUGGAUGAGGACUGCGGUCUCCUGAAAUACUGCUUGUACGAGAUUGAGAACUCCAAGUGCCUCCCCUGCAUACAAACGGACAUGCCGUGCACUAUGGACGAGGAGUGUUGCUCGGACCGGUUGUGCGUGUGGGGUCAGUGCACGGUCAACGCCACCAAAGGAACGGAGGGAUCCAUCUGCCAGGGUCAGAGAGACUGCAGGCCAGAUCUCUGCUGCGCCUUCCAACGAGAGCUGUUGUUUCCAGUUUGUAAUCCCAAACCGCAAAAGGGGGAGUCCUGUCUGAGCCGCCCCAACCUGCUGGCGGACAUGCUGGCCUGGGACCAGGAGGGUCCCCGCGACCACUGCCCCUGUGCCGACGACCUCCAGUGCCAAUCUCGUAGACAAGGAUCUGUUUGUGGAGAGUAGCACUGGAGAUGGAGAGCGCAUGAACAUCCGCGUCCUGCUGAUCAACGGUAGAAACAGAUGCUGUUUUCCAGACACGACUUGCACUGUACUGUUUAUGCCUUAUAAAUAAAUGAAAUGAAACACCUGCCAUAAACAAGGUGAACGUUGACUAUUGCCAGAGACUCCAGGUCAUCUGCCGCCUUAAGAAAUACCAUUUUAAUUCCUCAGUUAAAAAGCUGUGUAUUCAUGUUAAUAAACGUCAAAGAGACCACCUUUGUGCCUGAAACACAUCUUGUACACAUGCUGUUAAUACAAAUUGGUGACCUGCCAGCCUCACUUGCACACAUUUUAAUAUUUUGACACCUACAAAGUUUGGCUGAGACACUAAGCACGCAUCAAGCCACUGUAUUUGUUUAUCUUAAUGGGCUCAUUGUGGACAUACAAGUGGAAGAUGAUAGGAGAUAAAGAGAAAGAAGAGGGGACUCAACCAAAACCUCUCAGUAGAAACAACCGAGAAAUGCUCCUCUAUUGAAACGUCUGGUGUAGACCCUCGUUUAUUCAAAAGUUCAUCAUCCAGCAAUUCCCUUACAGACUAAAUGUGUAACAGCAACAGAUACUGUAUAUGUGCUUCUGUAUCCAUAAGAGGGUGCUAGAUGUCUUAACAGAAGUGCUGGAUCCUUACUUUUUCCACUGGUAAAAAACGGUCUAUGCUGUUCACCUGAUAAGCAAAUCAGAUGUAAAUAGAAACCUUUCAAUUUGAAAUAUGAAAGGAAAAACGAGUUUUACAUAUUUUGUUGAUCAAAGCACAGAGGGAGGCCUUGUGUGCUUUUGUAGUUGCAGUUUUCACUAUGUAAUCAGGCGCCUUGUACCUUCAUCCUGAAUAUUUUUGGUGGCUGUUAUGUCCGUGCUGUGUCUUUCGGUAGCUCUGUGCUUGUUUUUGCUGCAAGAUGUCACUCUUUAAAAUCGGGUGUGAACUU